AUGGAUACCACUACCUUCCCACACAGUGGCAACAUGCCUCGUCCUAGGCCCGUUAUACAGCCCUUCGCCGGAAGAAUCGGUGGUAACCAAGGGCUUGUAGUCGACCGCACCGAUCCUGGCAAUGCGGACCUUUUGAAGAAGGUGCCCGAUGCGGCGCCGCUGAUGACGUUUCAUGAAGGAUUCGACCUGCGUGGAUUCUGGGACAUUGACCUCUGGAAGUUUGGCUUCAUCGAAUGCAUGGGAACUAUGAUGAUGGUAUUUGUGACCGCUUGGAUGGCCGUACGACCAGCUUCCGCGUCGACGAAUGUCAGUACAACUUCACCAUCCGGCGUAUAUUCCACCUCGACAUUCCUGGGUCCACUAUUCGGCGGUAUUGGCAAUUGGCUGUUCCUGACUCUGUUCAUCUUCUCUUUUUCAAACGUCAGUGGCAGUCAUCUCAACCCGACCAUUACGCUGGCUACCUUCUUUGCCCGGUUAAUAUCACUUCCUCGAAUGGUUAUUUACCUUCUCGGCCAGACUCUUGGCGGUGCUUUGGCCGGGUUUAUGUUUCGAAGCGCGUAUGGGUCCAGGGACUUCACCGUAGGAGGUUGUACAGUGGACACGAGUCUGGUACCUGUAGACGAGGCAUUCUUGCUCGAAUUUAUCUUUUGCUUAGUGCUGGUUUUCCUCUCUUUUGGCGUUGGUCUGGACCCAAGACAGGGUUCUAUCUAUGGCGCUGCGCUGUCCCCCUUCCUAGUAGGGAUGGCUCUGGGUGUUGUGAGUUGGGGCUCCUCCUACACCCGGAAUGGCUUUGGUGGGGCUUCGCUAAAUCCAGCCCGGUGCUUUGGUGUGUAUGUAGCCACCAGCUUUCCGGGAUAUCAUUGGAUUCACUGGGUCGGGCCUCUCGCCGCUUCCAUAGGGCACGGUAUUGUCUACUUCGUCGCGCCUCCUUGGGGGCACUAA